CCUAUACGUACCUACUAGAAAUGUAUGGCUUCUAAGUAUAGUUAGUACAUCGUGCGCGAAGGUUAGGAGCAGUUAAAUGAUCAAACGUGGGUUAUGUGAAAAUAACAGCUCCUGUCACAAUGUGCUAUAUAAUAAUGUUAUUGUGAUAUUACAAUAGUAAACGUAUAUUGAUAUACGCGUAAAUACAACAUCCGUGUGAUCCGCCACGGAAUACAUGGAUGUUGCGAACGGACAAAAGCCCCUUAGCGGGCAACCUUCUGCCAUUGGUAGUUCAGGAAUGGACAAAGGGAAAGAGUGGCAGAUGGAACUGCUUAUGGAAAAAUUACGUUCCAAAGCUUCUACAUUCAAAUCCUUGGUGGAAACUGCCAAAAAUUUACGGAUGGCUAUGCUAGAUAAAAGAUUUGCAAUCGACAGUGCUGAAAAAAGUCAACUACAAAAAUGUUUAGAUACUUUACAACAUUCCAUUAAAGUAACCUCUUUACAAUCCAUGGUAGAACGUUUGGAGAGUUUAACUAGGCAACUGGGCUUAAAGUUUAUGAUGUCUGGUCCACCAGGUACAGAAUUAUUUAUUUCCUCAGACAUGUUCUUUUUGGAGAUUCUUUUGGAGCCAACAGGUGUAGUUAAAGAUGUUAAAAUUCAUCAUGAAGGGAAAAACGAACAGCAGAGCUGUGAUGUACUGGUGUCUUGUUUGUCAAGAGGAGAUUUUCUUGAUUUUACAAUACAAUUGGAAGGUUUAGCUUCAAUAUAUCAAUUAAAUGCUGAUAAGAAGAUAAAAUGUAAAGCAUUCAGUGCUCUACAGUCAUUGGAAGCUGAUCUGGGUAUCUUAGCUCAGUUGCAAACGUUUAUAAAAGAACCUUUUAAUCUUGUUCAUAAAAGUCCAGUUGGAAUUCUUGAGCGAAGAAGAGGAGGUCAUGCGAUGAAGUUGACAUAUUUUGUUUCUCCUUAUGAUUUAAUAGAUCAGGAGAAUCGUACCUGUGAUGCAUUGAAUUCAGAAAUAGUUAUUAAACGGAAGAUUGGUCAUUCCGUUACAGUUUGUAUGGAAGGUUCGACUGCUCACAAGUUGCCUACAUCUAGUAUCAUAACUGUAAAUAGAAGUCCUACAGGAAAAAGUACCCCGUCUUAUGCUCCAUUAACUGGUACAAAUUCAUCAGUGUUACCUGCUUGUUUCGUAUUGAAGCUUGCUAAAAAGAUGCCCAUGUGUAUGGAACUAGUACGUAGGAUACAGAAAGUAACGGAGUUAGAAUGUGGAGACAUAUCCGCUCCCCAUCCGUUACUUAGUUUGAUUAUUCUGCAUGCCAGUGAAGGACAAUUGGAUUGUCGGAAUAACAGAGGACUCUACGCUACUUUACCAGACCAACAGCAUUGUUAUUUCAUGACGGAGAAUAAAAAUAUGGAAGGUGUGUUAGUGUGUAGUAUUCCUUUCACUCAUCCGGCACACGUCCCACAAAUUUUGGUAUACCUGCGUCAACAAGCGCUCUUUAACACUUUGAUCGCUAGUUGCGUCAGACCUAUGGCUCGGCAAGAUCCAGAACACGCAACUAUAUUCGAAGUAAGUGCUUUAUCGUGGCAACACAUAUCGGUAAGUUUGGAGCAUCCUUUCGAAGAGACAAUGGCGACGGCGGAAUUGGAUUUAACAGAUAUCUCUGCCCUCAAGUGCAAAUUGUACGGUAUAAGUAUAACGAACACGGAACAGACGUCAGAUUUGACCGGAAAAGUCUUGCAAAAGUGUUUGAGUAUACCUCUGACAAUGAGAAUUCUCAUGAAAUCGUGGGAGAGCCGCGACUCUUUAAGUACGAUGAAUAAUUUGAAUAGCGGAAACGGGAACUACAAUGUAAAUCAUGGUUCCGGCAAAGAUCCGAGCAGCCAAAAUGGUUCCGGGAUGCCCGACUUCACUAACGGCGAAACGAAGAUCAAACAGGAACCUGGAUUGAAUAACGGGAACGGAACAAUGGGUAGGCAGCAGACAUCGCAACAGCAACAACAGCAACAACAGCAGUCUUUUUUAGAUGCCGGAACGGAGAAUAGUAUCGGGUUUCCGUCGUAUUCCGGCCAAUCCGAUACCGCAACUACUGCUAUGUUAAAUCCAUUACAAUUGGGAGCGUUGCUCGGGCAGGCAAAAAACUCUAUGUCCAAUCCAAUGAACGAACGUACAAAAAAGACGCGUAAGAGGAAAGCUGCGGACGGUAUUUGGCGAAGUCCAAAAAGAAAGGGAGACGAAAGCGCCGAGAUAUUGUUGGAGAGCUCUAGUUCGGACUCGACGCCGCUCGGCACACCGACCGGUGGCAGAGAAAAUUUAAACGAGACAAGGACAUCGACGCCAACGUCAGCUACGAGUUUAACCAGCGGUUUGGAUCUUUCUAACUUAGAUCCGACCGACAUUUUGGGAACGGACAAGAGCUCCGAUUACGAUCUCGAUAACGAGAGUGAAAUAACGGAGGUUCAUGAUUUACAAGACGUCGAGGAAUUGAUCAAACGCGAUCGUAAGUCGAGGAAAAGAGAGGAGAAAAAGAGCCCGAUUAUAUUCGAAGAGAACAAAAGUCUGGUGCCGCCUUCAGUAAGUAUAACACCAAUUUCAAGCAGUAGUUUGGGUCAGACUACCAACUAUAACUCUGUACUUACGGGGAUGGGUUUGGAAAGGAGGCCAGGCAUUGAAAUAAUACCGAUCGCAUCGUCACCGCAAACUACUUUACCGAGCUCUAUCACUAUAACUCCGAUAGCCGGGCCGACACAGUCGAAAAAUCUGACAGACGAACGUAGAGAACGAAAAAGUUCGAAGGGGAAAUCGACAGAGGAUAAGGGAAAAUUGGAGAAGAGACGUAAACGUAAGAGAGAGGACAGUCCUAUGGGACCGCCACCGGACAAAAUAUCUAAACAGGAUCCAUUGUCGAAACCUGUCUCGGUAAGCAUCAAGCCGACCGAAUCGCCGCCAAACUUGAGCUCACGACCGUCGUCACCCGCGACGACGUUGCGAAAGUUCAGUCCGUCUCCGACGCAUACCAGUCCUCUAGCUCUCGUAGGUAAGUCCAGCCCUACAUUGAAACAGUCAGCAAACAAGCCAGUGCAAAGUCCAAAGCACUCUCCGGUCUAUAGCAGUAGUCCAAAACACACGCCGGUACCUGCGAGUGUAAGCCCGAAGCAUGGCACCUCGUCGCCAAAGCACGGCAGUUCGGCAAGCACGGGGAAACCGAGUAUGUCUGCGUUGAAAUCCGCGGCGAAUUCACCAUCAAGCAAAACUACCGACUCUGGACAGUCGAAGAUAAAAUCUUCUUCCUCUUCGUCGAGCAAAGACUCCACUCGAGAAAAGGAGAGGAAAACGUCGUCUUUGGCCUUCGGUGGGUCGAGCGGCCAUCAAAGUCCAAAGACCAAAUCGUCCAGCGGUAAGUUGAAACAACUGGAAUUAAUUCCUAGCGGGGAGGCGCAGACCACGUUGCCCAGCAGUGGCGGUAACACACCGCCGUCGGGCAAUUCUGAGCUGGGCAAGUCGGCCAUCGCUCAGCAACAGGCGAGAAACCGAAAGGGUUCGUUGAGCGCCGUCAUCGACAAGUUGAAAAAUGCUCAGCACUGUACGGACGACGGCGGCAACGGUGGAACGAAGUCGGCAACUGCUGGAAGUGGUAAUUCCAGCAGUCAGAAGGAAAGGAGUCUCGGUAGCUCCUCGAACAAAGCUACGGAGGGCAAGUGUAUCAGCAAAAACUCAUCCAUGGAUACGAAAAAUCCCGCAGAGUAUAUGGUGAAACAUAGCUCCGAUGGAAUGAAGAUAACGAUUAAUAAAACACGGACAAAAGACUCGAAGUCCGGUGGGAAUCUGAAACUGUCCUCGUCCUCGACGAAUGUCGCGACUGGUACAUCUUCGAGUUCAUCCGCGUCGUCGACGACUAUAUCGGGCAAUGGUUCACCGAAAACUCACACCGGUUUGAAGCCGGGAGUAAGUUCUGGCCCCGCGUCGAAGAAACCGCCGUCUCAAACGUCGCCGAAGCUAUCCGGAUCCACUUCCGGCAGCAGCAGCGGUAACAAAACGACUCUUCUAGGACAAAAGAUGUUGACUGCCUUGAAGUCUAUCUCAGGAUCGAAUUCUGGAAGUGGUAACGGAGCUGGAGGAAUCAAUGUCGGUAGCAGCGGUAGUAGCGCUUUGCUUUCGAAAAACGUCAUGUCCUCCAAAUCCUCCUCGAGCUCCCCGAAGACAGCCAGUUCCGGUGUGACGGAUCUCAGCCGGAAUCGUGAUAAAUCCCGAUUGUCGAAAUCCGGUGACAAGAGUAUAUUUCCCUCGAAAGGGAUUGGAGACACUAGGAAGUCGAGUCCAUCGGGUCUGCGAGAGGAAAGCGAGAGCGAAAGAGCAUUUAAACUGUUGGCUGCUCACGCUUCCAUGUCGAACCUAUCGAAUUUACCUAAUUUACCACCGCAAUUGGUCGUCGAGGGUCUUAUGAAGCAAUUGGACACUAAAUUUCAAAUACCCAAGCUGUCCGCCAGAGCUAACGCAGACUCCAGCGACAAGAAAUCUGAGAAAUUGUCCAUGCUUCCCGAUAGUGGGAAAACGUUGGACAAUCUCGCGGCGAAGCAGACGACGGAACAGGGAAAGCUGCAAACGUUGUCGAACACGUCGAGCACUGUCUCCAAAACGAGCUCGGAGGAUCAAUCGAGCCAGAGUAGAAGAGAUCAUGUACAAACGAAGCCUGACAAUCUCUCUAUGACGAGCGCAACCUCGAUAAUAAACCUCGGUACGGAUAGUGCCAGUAAUCUUCUACUUCCCUCUUUAUCUAGCAGUAGCUCGCACGAUCUGGACAUCCCCACGAAUCUCUCGAUGCAGUCAACGGAGAACGAGUCCCGCGACAAGGAACCACCGAUGAGUAGGAGUAACACGCAGUUUCUGGGUAGCAGCUUGAACUCCACUGCCAUUGGCAAAGACGACAACAGUGGCAGUGGACCGGUAAUGGCCGUUCUACCGAAAGGAUCCGAUUCACAGCCUACCAGUAAAUCCGUGUAUCCUACGAUGAUGACGACAGGUACAAUAACCAGCGGGAAUGGGACAGUUGCAGCGAGCUCUGGCAACGGGACUUCCGAGAGCCUGAACCUGAGCAUCAAGCCGGUAGAUGCCACGAUGACAAAGUACAAAUCCGACGAGAAGAAGCAGCAACAACAACCGCAGCAGUCUCAGCAGCAACAGCAGCAGCAGCAGCAGCAGCAACAACAACAACAGUCUCAAACAUCUGCUCAGCAACAGCAACAAUCUCAGCAGGUAUCGCAGUCGCAGCCACAGUCGCAACAACAGCAACAGCCACAACUGCCGCAAGUUCCGUCUUCCGGAGGAUCUUCCUCUUCGUCCUCGUUGGGAAUAACAGUGUCUUCGGAGAGUUCGUCCAGCACGAUGAAGCCUCCUGGCACCGAGAUACCCACGACGACGUCCCAAGAAGCUGCCGAAAUGCUGUUAGACUUUUCCACGCCGAAGGACGUGGCCAAGAGUCUGAACUUCACCAGCAUCCCCGAGAGAGCCAUGACCCAGGCAGCCUCGGUUCGCAGAAACACGCCACCGCCACCGCCGCCUGCCUUCCCAGCCAGUCCUUCCGUCAGCGUGCACAUCGUGAAAAGUCCUGCACCAUCGCCGAGAGUCAUCCCGCCCUCGCCUCACUCCGCCUCGCCGUGCAUCACCGACGACGAGCUGAUGGACGAGGCGCUGGUGGGAAUGGGUAAAUGAAGGUUACUGAAACUCUAGAUUUAAUUUUAGCCGCGAUCGGCACACAGGGUGUUCCGAAAUGUUGGCUGCUAUUGAAUUCAGCCGGUCCGCUGUGCACCACGUUUUCCGACCGCGGUGGACAGAUUCGGAAUUGCCCUCGAGUUAGUUGGCACUUGAAUGUUUUUGUAAAAUAAUUUUUGGAAAUUUUUGGUUUCUUUGUUGUACCUAGCUUCUUGUUUUUCUCUUGUUGUUGUGAUCGAGAUUUUAAGGAUAAUGAUUACAGGCGAGAAACGCGAUAAGUCGUAAUGUCUAUGUUUCCUAGCCUCGUGAUGAUUUUUAAAAUUAUGCUUGUCACGUGAUUGAAAUAUUGUUUGUUUCUUAAUGUCGCUUCGGUUUCGGUAAAGCUAACUAUAUUUUUGGAUUUUGGAUUGGACGAAACUAACUAUAUUUUAGGAUUUUGGAUUGAACGAAACUAACUAUAUUUUAGAAUAGAUUCUGUUGAGAUGAUCAUAAACGAUAUUAAAGUGAAAAGAAUUACUUAUCGUGUUUCUCUUUCCUGUAAUUUUUAAAUACUGAUCAUUAUUUCACAUUGAGUGAAAAAUAAAAGGGAGACGCAAUAGCAGCGAGAUUGUUAGUUUUCAUUGAAUUCGAUUUGUAACGAUUUUAAGUGAAGAUGUGUGCAUUUGUAUUUGAAUAUUUAUUUAAUGCGUGUCAUUUACAAAGAUACGAAGAAUCGUUUUACGCGAAUGUAACAAUAAUCGUGAGAGAUUUCAACAUUGUUUCGUGUCGUUUAUUAAUAUCAAUCAAACUUGAUGAAUUCACAGUUUUACGCUUUCCUGACAUUAUACAAAUAAAUUAACAGAAUUGAUUAAUUAGCGAAGCGGAAAAGAUUGAUUGCGCGAAUGAAACAGAUUAUUCUGAUACUCAAUUAUUUUUAUUUUUUAAAUAAUUAAUUUUAUCUAAUCUAUAAGCUACGAAAGUUUGGAAGUUUUCUCUUGAGGAAACGAUUUAAUUUGACCAGAUCUUAGUAUUUAGUAUAUAUAUAUAUAUAUAUAUAUAUAUAUAUAUAAAGUACCAUUUUUAGUAUCGAGUAUCUUUUUCUCUGACUAGAUAUCUUCUUUUCUUUAGUUUCUUUGACUAGAUAAAUAUCUUUGUAAAUAACAUAUACAUUUGCAUAUACAUUUUCACUCGUAACGUGUAUUUUACUCGAUUAUUGAAUUAUACUUGAUAAUUCAUUUAACAUUUUACGAAUCAUUUUUUAGAAAAAUUUGUGCGCUCGAUAAUAUAUCUUUCCACGAGUUGGGCGUCUGAGAUUUUUCAGUGAAGCAUUUUCAAUUCGUUUUCCAAGGAUUAAACAAUUGAUAGAUGUCAGAAGGGGACACCCUGUACAUAAAUGAGAAUUUUCACUUCUGAAAUGUCCUGCCGAAUACAUAGUACAUACAUAUAUAAUUAUAUAUAUAUAUAUAUAUAUACAUUUACGUCAUUGUAUGCGAAUCUUGACGCGAGUUCAAUUUUCUUAGGUAUAUGUAUAUAUAAAAAGAAAAAAAUAAAAUUGUGUAUAUCAGAGUGAUUUAUUAUUAUAAAUAAAAUUCAGACGCCGUGAUAGGAGGACUCGAGGCUAGCAAUAAAAUGAUUGUUUAUAGAUUUCUAAGAAAAAGAGAGAGAGAGAGAGAGAGAGUGUGUGUGUGUGUGUGUGUGUGUGUAUGUGUGUGUGAAAAAAAGUGAACGAUGUAUUAAAUGUUCGCAGCAUAUGAGGAAUAAUAUAGACAAGUACAUAACAAGUUAUUUUCGAUAGAAAUCCAUGUUGGACAAUAUUUGUAAGGGCACCGUGGAAUGGGCAUGCGGUAUUAAAUAUAUAGUUAGAAUAUUUCCCGAUUAGUGUAUUUCACACGUCUGAAACUUUUACUAAUUACGAGUACAAAUGUUUCAAAGGUAAUAAUAUCACUCAGAAAUUAUUUACGUUAGAAAUUACACGAAGACGAUUUUUAAGAGAAAGAAGAACCAUCGUAUUGAACAUAUCCUGUUCGUUUCUGACCAGAAAUUCCUUUUUCUUUAAAAGAUAGAUUUUUAGACAGAAAUUGUUUAUUUAAGUUAUGUGGAAUAUACUAUUUUGGAAAUACCGUACUGUGAAGAAAUUUUAUUGGACGAAUGGCCGUGAGAAAGGAUAGAUCAUAUAGCCAACGAUCAAGUCCUUUAUCCUUACCUUCCUGUUCUUGUACUCGCUCCAAUUGUCCUUCCUCGUAACAGUUCUUCGGCAGUCUACAACGAAGAAAAAUCAGUGCUUCGAUAUUGUAAGAAAUUAUUUCCAUAAUUUGAGCAAUCCUUGCUUGACGAAUGUUCGUGAAUAUUCGCGAAGAAAGAAAAAAGAGAAGGAAAUGAAAUGAAUGCAUCGAAAAUUAAUUUUGUCGCGUAUUAGGAAUGAAACUUUGUAGAAACAAUGAGAAUCAAAAGCAGUAUUGUAUUCAAGCAGAGUGUCGUUUCAUUUUUUUUACCGAAGAAUAUUUUAGAGCGAAUAGAUCACAGAAAAUCAUGGAUCGAAGUAUCGGAGGACACGACGGGGUGAUAAAAAUCCAUCGAAACUUACGAAAGACUUUCUCACAAACGAAUUCACCGGAUUUUUAUGGAGUUUUAUCAGAAUCGAUACUUUUUAAUUAAGAAAAUUUUUCUAUGUAUCCUCAGCUGCGCGAUAGAAAAUUAUGAAUCGAAGGAAGUAAGCGGAAGGGAAGAGAUAGUAGGUACCAAGUGCCAAGUAUAGGUAAAAAAAAAAAAAAAAGAAAAAGGAAAAACGAAGAUUUUCGAAGAUAGAAUUUCAGUUCUUUGAUGUACCUUUGAUUUCUUAUCAUUUCAGCAAGUUAUUUUAAAUUAAUUUAAUUAAAAUAAAAUGAAGUUUAAUUGAUUUGUGAUUCAUCGGCAAUUUAAUAACAAUGAUUGUUCUACAUGUUAUUUUUUUGUGUAAUAUUCUCCUUUCCCAAAGGAUUGAAAUUUUGAUCUUCAGAAAAUGGACACGUUGUCUUUGUACAAAUUAGGCAAAAAUUUUUCGGCUCGAAGAUCGAAUAAUCGCCGACGUGUCAACCUGCGGCGUGAUUAUUCGAUGUUCGAACCAAAGAUCAAGAAGAGAAAACAGACACGGAAGUUAUAUGAAUAGAGUAAACGAAUUAUAUGUCUGUUGCGGAUAAUUAAAAAAUAUUAGAGAGAGAGAGAGAGAGAAAAUGACAAGUAAAUUAAGAUGAUGACAUACGUUCGCUUUCCAGGUGUAAAUUUAAUGAAAAUUGUAUUUUCAAGCGGGAGCACCGUAUUACAGACAAUACUUUGCUUCGACAGAUAAAAAGAAAAUUGAAUGAGAGAGAGGAAGAAAUUCUCCUUGAAGAGGAAAUUGUCCGGUGCUCCCGAGAGAAAAAAAAAAAUGUGGUUUAUUUUUUCAAUACUCACAAUGAUGUAUAUAGAGCUGUUGUAAACAAAGGAACAAAAAAAUAUACAAGUAUGACGAAUAUAAAAGAUCAAUGAAUUCAACAUAAACGAGAGAGGCAAAGAGAAGAUAGAAUGCGAGAGAGAUGCUCGGUUAGUGAUUAUUGUUUGUAAUUAUUUAUUUCAGUUUAUGCAUAAAACGUAUGUAUUACUUUUCUAUUAGCAAGACAUUCUUAAUUUCUUAUGCUAGAUUUGUUUUUGUCGGUUCGAAGAUUCCCGAGACACUUUAUAUAAUAAAAUACUUUUGCGUCAGUUGCGAAGAAACGGAAAGGAAUUGUGGGUGAAAGUGGUAUAAUUUCAAUUUUGAAUUUGUCUCGUCUGUUUUCGUGAAACUGUUACAGAAAUGGCAAGCAAAGUGUCAAACCUAAUUUUCAUUUUGCAAUGUUUGCUGUUAUAAAUUGAAAUAUUGACUUUCUUCGAGGCCGAAUGAAUCUUUUGUUAGAAAAUUGAAUAAUGUUGUAACAUUUCGGAUGUAAUUUAACGCACUGUAAAGACGUCGCGUGGAACUUCGAAGAAUUUUAUGAAACGUACAUUACAUAUGAAAUACGUUUAUUUCUCUACAACGUACGCGUGCGAAGAAAGAGGCAGAUACAAAUCUACGAUGAAGCCUGUGUAUAAAUGUAACUGUAUUAGCGCGUGUAUAUGUACAUUUAAGCAUCGAGCUGUAUAGAAAAAAAAAAGAAGAAAAAAAGAAGAGGAUAUAUACAUAUAAUUAUAAAGUACACAUAUAAUUAUCUUUAUCGACGGCGAGUGUCUUCGAAUGCACGCUGAAUCUUCGGGACACGUAUGUAAGCCUUGAUAAUAAAGACCAUGUCUUUUUUG